AUGCAGCUCAGUCCUCUGCAAUCACGACUGGCGGCCUCGCUGAUUGCCUCGCUGCUUCUCAUUCUCCUCUACUAUUUACUGUCGACACCCACAUUCGCCCUCGCCGCGGAACUGACUGGUGCGACGCAACCACUAUUGGACGACCUCCAACACGAUGACUCCCUCGAACCAAGAAGCCAUCUGGAGCCAACCUACGAGCCGGAAUUUGCUGCCUUUGACCGCAGCAUCGUUGGAAGGGCGCCUGCCGGCGUAACGGGCCUUGUGAAUAAUGUCGCGAUCAACCGCAAUGUCCCAGGGAACACGACCCAGAACUUUGUCUUCGAGGCGAUUGCGAUAUUCGCCGACUCUCUCAAUGAAAAAGAUGAAGCGCUCAUGCUGGAGCUCCGCGAAGUUGUUAACGACUCCUCCUCUCCUGAGCUAGCAUCUACGGAGGAUGUUGAUCUAGAAAACGAGGAUCGUGGCUUACGCCGCAGACAGGCCCAGGGCAGGACGGUGUAUAUCUCGGCGACAACGUGUAUACAGCCACAGCGCGCGGGGAACAACACGAAGGAAGAUCCGCAACAGAUCGCGAUGUACGUCUCAACGUCCCAGGACAAUCAGACCCCUGGGCCUGGACAGAACGCGUCCCUACAGACCACCAUCCCGUUUGAAGAAGGCGCCGCCAUGUUUCGUGUCAAUACGACAGGAGAUGUGUUCAUUGGAAUAUCUGCGCCAGCGAAGGAUGCCGAGAAGUUUACUGGGGAUUGGAACUUCGAAGUUGCGGUGUCGACAGAUGACUACUUUCACAGCUACGAUGCGAAUCCCUCCGAGCUUCUUUGGGUCGACAGCGACUCCAGUGCCGCUCUUCUGACUACACAGAACCUGACAGACACUCAAAAUGAGACGCGGAUCCGAGAGAUCAUGGAGCAAGGCCCUCCGUUUGUCAUGUUCGUCGAGAACCAAGAUUAUCCCACCACGAAGGGUGUACGACAUUCCAUGUGCGGACUCGAGAACUACGCACAGAUUGCAGCGAUGAAAGGCGGCAAGUUCGGCAACCUUGCAAGCACCGUCAUGACUACGAGAGGUCCCGGCAACCUGCCGAAGCAGCAAUUCUUCUUCAACGGUCUCAAUGCAAGUGCCUUCUACACGGGCAUUCUGGUUGAAACUGGCAAUUCGUCAGCAAUGAAGAAGCGUCAAGACGGGGCCGGAUCCACUGGAGGUGGUGGUCGUGUCUUCGAGGCGACGCCAUUUGAGACCAAAGACGGCGAUAACUGCAAAAUCAUCACUGACUUGCAAUUCUGCAACGAAACGGAGUAUGCCGUGCCGGCCAACUUCAACAAGAUGAACAUUGCUCAACUCGCGCAGUUCUACGACAACUACGCGAGGGACAUGUACGCCAACUUCCAGAAGCAACUCGCGCAGGUGGCUUGUGAGGCCCCGGCAGUCCAGCGGUAUUCUCUCGCUCGAAACUGCGCCGACUGCGAGAUCGCGUACAAGAAGUGGCUGUGCUCAGUCACAAUUCCUCGAUGCGAGGACUUCACCAACCCUACCAACUUUUCCCUUGUCAGGAACACAAACCAGCCAUUCCCCAAUGGCACUGUGCUCCCCGCCGACGUACAGGCCAUGUAUAAUGCCAGUGUCAACCAGAAUUCAAGAAACCCCCUCAUUGACCAGAUGAUCGCGCCGGGUCCGUACCGGGAAAUUCUUCCCUGCGCCUACCUCUGCUACGACAUAGCACAAAGCUGCCCGGCAUCGUUGGGCUUCAACUGUCCAACGCCGGACGACGCUGUCUUUAAUUCAAGCUACGCCAUCCAGGUAGACGGCCUUCUUACCUGCAACUACCCAGGCGCAGUUCACCGUCCCUCGGCGUCUUCGCUACUGUCGGUGUCGUGGGGCUUGCUAUCGGCCCUUAUUGUCGGCACGCUUAGCGCAGUCAUGCUCUGA